AUGUCGAAUCGCUACUCGGUCUACUCGACCCAGUCUGGGCUCGCAGGCCCUCGUCCAGCGUCCCAGUUUCCCGCCCAAGUCUCAACCACCACAUUACUCAAUGCCCUUCACUCAUUCUACACAGCUGGCCAGCCUUAUCAGUUAGACUCCGGUACUAGCUUGGUUGUAAACACCUGGGUCACUGCUGCCACCACCCUACCUGAUGGCCGGAACGCAGCUACAAUAGAUCGCGAUCUGGCCGUGCGGGCCUGGGAGCACGCCAGAAGGCGAGCCGAAGAUGGUUGCAUCGUUCUAGGCUCCCUUCAUCAGUCGACUCCCUCGCUUCUCGAGCCGUUUAUGACUGCGCUGCCGGUUUCCACACCCCAAAUAGCCUUCGCAUCUCUGGCAGCACUACGUCCAUUCCUCUCUGCAGUGACGGCAUUCAAUCCAUCCUAUUCUCUUUAUUCGGCCUUCUCUGCCUCCUACACCCUGACUCUGCAAGGCACAGUUGUUGGUCUAUCGCUGGCCCUUUCCACAUCUGGCAUCAAUGUGCGCAAGGGUCUCCUUCAGAUCCCUGCAGAGGCUGGCUACCGUGCUUUUGAUGUCUUUUACUAUCUCCUCACCUCAGCGUCUACACCGGCCGAAAGAGAGUUCCUUGAUCUUAAGGAUUUGUCUCAAUAUACCAUCCUUAACCGAUCGGGGACCUAUGAACCUCCCUCAUACCUCCCCACCGCCGAUGAUGCGGCGGCAGCUGAGGAUUUGCGUGCGAAUUUGAAAGCAAUUGGGAUCAAGGGAGCAGCUUUGCGAGGGCUGAUGUCUGUUCUUGCUGGCCUUCUCAAGCUUGGAAACGCUGCUGGGCUUAUGGUUGACCAAGAGGAGUUGGAGGAGGUAUGUGAGGAUGUCGGAGGUCUUCUUGGUCUGGAUCCCGAGGUCCUUUUGCAGAAAUGUUCUACCGACGAGCGUGAGGUUAUGAUUGUUGGCGUCUACGAGGCGCUGGUGGAUUGGGUCAUCGGCAAGGCCAAUGAAGCAAUCGCAUCCGAGAUACAGAAUGCCCUAGACAAUGAUUCCAGUACUGGGGGUGCUGGCAUUACCCAUCAUUCCAACGAAGAUACUGUCGCCCUGACGAUUGUCGAUAUUCCUCGUCCAACUCUGGGUAAAGCCAUUGCAAUGCGAGGUGUUUUCGACGACAGUCUCGGUCUCAACGCUGAAAUGAAGGAGGAUGGAAUCGCUCUCCCAGCAGUCGGCCAGUCCGUGAUCAGUGAGAUGAACAGCGCAGUGGCCCAGGUCGAGCCUGACUUGGGCAUAAUGACGGGUGCUGCUGGCCGUGAUCGCGAGCGUGAGAUGGAUGUGCGUCAAGGUGUCCUCGAGAAAGUAGGAUUAGAAGCCGAGACCGACUCAUUCUUGCGCCAACUGCUAUUCCCCGUCGAGACCGAAGGCGUGUCUCUCAACAAAAGGGGACGUUUUGAUCUCGCCACCACACUGGGUAGCAGUCGUGUCUGGUAUCACCUCUCCAUACACCCUACAGACGACCUACCUGACCAACUCACAUCCAAUACCACUGCUUGGUCUGCAGGCGCCGUUUCACGUCAACUGAGAGACUGGCGCUUGCCUGAAUGGGCGAACCGGCGUUUGAAACAACUCGAUUUCACCGCUGAUUUUGAUGUGGAAGAAUUCGUGGCGCGUUACUCCCGCCUUGGGUGCACUGAAGGCCAGGACGGUGUCGAAAGUUGGAUCCUCGAAAGAGGCUGGAGCAAUGGCGAUGCCUUUGUCGGCCAACAGCGAAUUUGGGUGAGGGAAGGUGCAUGGUGGGAAGCAGAGUCCAUGCUCGAUCUCAAGCCAGACCCAAUGACUUCCAAUCCCUUUGAAUAUGGGGCCGCCAUGUAUGAGCCUGGCUACACCCCCGACGUCAACCCGGCCCCCGAGAAUGCGAUGCUGCUUGGCGGUGAUAUGAUUAUGCACAAUCCUGGAAGUGUUAUCACUCCCAGUGUCAUGGCAGGGGCAAAGUCAAUUGCCCCUACCGGUAUCACACAGACGGGUGGGGGUGACUAUGGCCUUGGUCACAAAGGUGAUGACAACAAAGGCGACAUCGCCUAUUAUGAUGAUUAUGGCCGCUAUAUUGGUGAUCUUGACCCCGAAUUCGGAGACCCAAAGCAUAUUGAGAAGAAAACCAUCUCUGUUGGUCGCAGAGUCUGGGCCGGACUUGUUUGGGCCCUCACGUUCUGGAUCCCGUCCUUCGUUCUUCGAUACGUCGGACGUAUGAAACGUCCAGACGUGCGUUUCGCGUGGCGCGAGAAAGUCGUUCUCGUCGCCAUGAUUUUGCUGUUCAACGCGAUUGUCUGUUUCUACAUCAUUGCUUUCGGUGAUCUCUUAUGUCCCAACAAGAACAAGGUUUGGAACGACCAGGAGGUCGGCAGCCAUACCCAAGACAACAACUUCUUCGUCAGCAUUCACGGCCGCGUUUAUGAUAUCUCCAAUUUUUGGAAAAUACAACACAGUGACACGAAUACCGAGACCACAACCAGCAACAUGAAGCCAUUCGCGGGCUUGAAUCUCGAUGCUUACUUUCCACCCCCGCUUACUGAAUACUGUAAUAACUUUGUCAAUGCUGAGAACAACAACCAGUAUAUUCAGUUGACCUACAACGACUCCAACGCGAUUGUGGAUUCCACCGCCAACCAUGCUUGUGGUCCACGAGUCGCCACGGAUCCAACCUCCAAACUUGCCGAUAUCUCCUGGUAUGGUGACACGUUUUUGCCAAAGAUCGCCGAAUAUUACAAGGGCGAGUUGGUCUGGACCAAGGGUACCAUGAACAAACAGGCCAACGAGGACGCUCGAUAUUGGGUCAGCGUCAAUGAGAAGAUCUACGACCUCACAGAUUACUUUCACACUGUCAAGACAAUGAACAAGCUCGCCACUUAUGACUUCUUGCCGAGUGCUGUGACCGACCUGUUCAAGAACUAUCCGGGUCAAGAUGUCACAGACAAAUGGCUCGACACUGCAGAUUUCCGCAAGGCACAGAGAUGCCUUGACUUUGUUUUUUACAAGGGCAAGGUUGACUUCCGGGAUAGUCCCAAAUGUACCGUGAACAACUGGAUCCUAUUGUCUUUCGCCAUCCUCAUCUGUGCGGUGAUUCUUGUCAAGUUCUUGGCUGCGCUGCAGUUGGGCUCCAAACGUCGACCAGCACCACAAGACAAAUUCGUCAUUUGCUUGGUGCCCGCGUAUACAGAGGGCGAGGACUCCUUACGACAAGGUCUCGAUUCCCUGACGGCUCUUCAAUAUGAUAAUAAGCGAAAGUUGAUUUUUGUCAUCUGUGAUGGAAUGAUUGUGGGUGGUGGUAACGACCGUCCAACCCCCAAGAUUGUCCUAGAUAUUCUUGGAGUGGACCCAAAAAUCGAUCCUCCGGCACUUCCAUUCCUCUCAAUUGGUCAAGGGAGCGAGCAGCUGAAUUACGCGAAAGUAUACUCUGGGCUCUACGAGUAUGAGGGCAAUGUGGUCCCGUAUAUCGUCGUUGUCAAGGUUGGCAAGGAGUCUGAGCAACGCAAGUCCAAACCUGGCAACCGUGGCAAGCGAGACUCCCAAGUCCUUCUCAUGCGAUUCUUGAACCGUGUCCACCAUCGCGCUCCGAUGUCGCCCAUGGAGCUGGAAAUAUUCCACCAGAUUAACAAUAUCAUUGGCGUGGACCCUGAACUCUACGAAUACUGUCUUAUGGUGGAUGCCGAUACCAGUGUCAAGGAAGACUCGUUGAAUCGCCUGGUUGCUGCGUGCGCGGCUGACGCAAAGAUUGCGGGCAUUUGUGGCGAGACCAGUCUUCAAAAUGAAGAGCGCAGUUGGUGGACAAUGAUCCAGGUUUAUGAGUAUUAUAUCUCCCAUCAUCUGGCUAAGGCUUUUGAAUCGCUGUUCGGUAGCGUGACUUGUCUUCCCGGCUGUUUCUCCAUGUAUCGCCUACGAACUGCUGACAAGGGUCGCCCUCUUAUCAUUGCCGAUAAAUUGAUCGAAGAAUACGCCGAUAUCGAUGUUGACACGCUGCACAAGAAGAAUCUCCUCUCACUCGGAGAGGACCGUUUCCUGACAACACUGAUGACCAAACAUUUCCCAACCAUGCGCUACAAGUUCAUUCCUGAUGCAUUUGCGAGUACAGCGGCUCCCGAAACGUGGAGCGUCCUCAUGUCCCAGCGUCGUCGUUGGAUCAAUUCCACUAUCCACAAUCUUGUCGAGUUGGCUGCUCUUAAAGAUUUGUGCGGCUUCUGCUGUUUCAGUAUGCGAUUUGUCGUGCUGGUGGAUCUGCUGGGAACUAUCAUUCUUCCUGCGACGUGUGUUUACUUGGGUUAUCUCGUCUAUCGAGUCGCCAGUGGCACGGGUCCUUUCCCCGUCAUCUCGAUCGUUAUGUUGGCGGGUGUUUACGGUCUUCAGGCGAUCAUCUUCAUCGUCAAACGUCAAUGGCAGCACAUUGGAUGGAUGCUUAUCUACCUCGUGGCCUUCCCAAUCUACAGUUUUGUUCUACCUCUGUACUCUUUCUGGAGGCAAGAUGACUUCACUUGGGGUAACACCCGUGUGGUUAUCGGUGAGCAAGGUGACAAGAGAGUCAUCGCGGUGGAAGAUGAAGGCUUUGACCCUCGCAGUAUUCCUCUGCAGCGGUGGGAUGACUACGCAUUGGCCAACAACCUCCCCGGCCGUCGUGGCGAGGUCGGGCUGAACCAGGAAAAGGCUUACUACAGUGGCCGUUAUAUGGAUGAGCAAGCCAUGGAGAUGGACGACAUGCAUUCGCAAUAUUCAUCGGUAAAACCUGCGUCGACUAUUCUGACCGGCUUCCCGGGCCAAGGUCGCCACGCGGGCCCAUACAUGCCUCCUCAGUCGCCAGCUCCUUUUGCAGGCGCAAACGUGGCCGGGAAUCGCAAUUCGCAGAUGACCAGCAUGUCACGCUUGACAGACUAUCCUCAAGCGAGCAGUCAUUCCGCAACUGCCUCCCGCCAUAUGUCUGUUGGAAACUUGAGCGCAUAUCAGGAUAAUCCCGCCCUUUCAUCUCGACACAGCCUUGGCUUGAUGCAGAGUAGCGAGAAUCUUCUCGCUGCCUCCCGCUCACGUAGUCCACUCAGCCAGUUCCCUUCUCGUCCGGCCAGCACUGCCUUUGAUUUCCGUGCUGGUAGUGGACCCGAUGAGAUUGCCAUCACCGAGGCGAUCCGCCAUUGUCUGUCUGAAGUCGAUCUCGACACCGUUACCAAGAAGCAAGUGCGUGUUCUUGUUGAACAGCGUCUGCAGACCUCUCUUUCUGGCGAGAAACGAGCCUUUGUGGAUCGUCAGAUCGACCACGAGCUUGCCAACAUGUAA